CUUUGGAUCCAACACUCCCCACAACGCCUCUCUUCCCUUGAGCAUAUAUAUUACUAUCAGCUCUCUCUCUCUCUCUCUCUCUCUCUCGCGAGAUGUUCUCCAUUCAUAUCCUUAGUAGGCUCUUCUUUGUGGCGAGCUUGAGUUCUUGUGCGACGGUCACAAGGUCAUUGCAGCACGAUAGCCCAAUCCCACCAAGUGUGCCCCGUCUCACGGAUCGUUUCUCUCACCUCCCAUUUGAUGAAGCGUUCUCGGAAUUCUUCGGUGGUCCGAACGUCCAACGAGUUAGUAAUGGAUCGUACAUCAAUCUCAAACUUGACAACUCCUCAGGGUCUGGUUUCAAGUCCAGAAGCAUGUACUACUACGGAUUCUUCAGCGCUGCAAUCAAGCUACCUGCCGAUUAUUCUGCUGGUGUUGUGGUGGCAUUCUACAUGUCAAAUGCGGACGUGUACCCCCACAACCACGACGAGAUAGACUUCGAACUGUUGGGGCACGAGAAGAGGAAGGAGUGGGUGCUUCAGACCAACAUCUAUGGGAAUGGAAGCGUGGGGACGGGUCGAGAGGAAAAGUUCUACAUGUGGUUCGAUCCAACAGCUGACUUCCACGAGUACAGCAUCCUCUGGAACAGCCAUCAUAUCGUGUUUCUGGUGGACAACAUACCAGUGAGGGAGGUGAAUCGCAGCGUGGCGAUGUCCCGUGCCUAUCCGUCGAAGCCAAUGUCAGUCUAUGCAACAAUUUGGGAUGGAUCGCAGUGGGCAACUCAUGGAGGAAAGAAGCCAGUUAACUAUAAGUUUGCACCCUUUGUUGCAUCACUCAAAGAUUUCGAGAUGGAAGGCUGUGCAUGGAAUCAGACCAAAAUAGCUCCUCCAUGCCCUAACAACAGUCAGAACAGCGGGCUGGGCCUUGAUCCGGUUGGGGGACAAGAAUUCGAAGAGCUGUCAGACCAACAGAAGGUGGGGAUGGCAUGGGCCAGAAAUGGAUUUAUGUUCUACUCUUACUGCAACGAUCAGAAUAGGUUUCCAGUGAUACCACCGGAGUGCAAGGAGGGGAAAUAAGGACUUCGAAGAAAUUAGCAAAGCUAUAAAGAUCAGAUCACUCGAUUGCAAGUGUCAGUGAGAGAACUCAAAGGUGGACGGAAGGAAAUUUGCAUGAUUCUUACACGGAAAUAAAUAGCUAAUUAUGGUCUAUAUUGUUUAAGUACUCGUUUUUUCAAUGGAAUAGUUUAAUUAAGUAUU